GUGUGAUGACGGAAAGUAUUUAUCAUAAUGAAACGUUUUCCACGUUGACAGUAUCUCGAAGGAAUCAACCGAAUAUUGUAUCAUUUGUUUUGGUAAAUCCAAAACAGAUUCAACAUGCAAAAAUAAUAAUAAAACAUUUCUUAGCGAGAUUAACUGGGUCAUUCGCUCAGCCAAUAACCCUGAGAUUGUCGUCUUCCGAUGGAGGCAGUUUGGCAAGCACAAUUAGUGAAAUAAGCAAGAUUAUACGUGCAAAAAUUAUGGAAUUCGCGCAAAUUAGCGGCCUAACUGCAUCAAUUCGUGAAUAUAAACAAAUAUUAUGGAACUCUACAAUUUCUAAAAAUUGGUUUACCGAAAGUCUUGUUCAGGGAUCGCUGCUAUUAUACGAUCUGAUUGGAAUAGGAGAAGAGAUUGGAUUUGCGAUCAAUCAUUAUUUCAAAACAUAUAAUAUGACUUUAUACGAGGAUAAGGACUUAUCACUAUGCAAAAAGACGAAGAGUUUCAAGUUUUUCAGUACUAUAAAUGACGCCGCCAGUUUUAGCGAAAAAUUAUUUGAAUGUUUGUUGCCGGUAACAAACAGGAGGAAUCCAACAUCAUCUUUUAAUCUCGAUCGAGCUCUUGUAAAUUUAGCGAAAGAUUCACCCGACAAUACUGUGAAAUUGUUUAAGUUUCGCUUAGAUCAAGCAUUCAUCCGUUCUGCACCAAGUAACGGCACAACCAGUGAACAAUUGCACAUGUUGCUAUGUCAUUCACUUGUUGAAAAGAUCAGUUAUUACAGUGUUUGUAUCAAAGAAUUACGACGUUUCAUGACUUGCAUGUCUUCAUCAAGAGAUCAAGACUCGUACGAAGCAAUCGGUCAUCAUAGAUUUCUUAUCAAACCAUGGUUAACCGUUAUUGAAAAUUUAAGUGGAUGUAAGAUUAAUAUCGGCAAUGCGAGCAUUAACUGCCAGUUCUAUCGAAGACUGCCAAAGUCUACAACGCAGCAAGUGAAAUAUAUUUACGAAAAAAUUUUAGAUCAACGGAUAUCUAGACGAUCACCUCUUUAUCGUAUCGCGAAUAAACUCGGGAAUAUUCUUUCGAGAAACGAAUGGGGAAGACAAUUAACGUAUGAUGUGUGUCAGUAUUUUGCAAUUUUUCAGGAAGGUCACAGGAAGUUAAACACGCUUUCGAAAAAUGCCGCUAAGGACAAGAGAGUGGCUAUGAGAUAUAAAAAAUUAUCUGUAUCAUUAAAUAUAUAUAAAAAUGGCGUAUUAAGGGAAACGAUACUUGCUAUUAGAAAUUUUCAUCGUUUUGUAUUAAAAAUGCAACAAUUUCUUAUUCAUGGUAUUAGAAGUUCUUUCAAAGAAUUAUGGCAGAAUCAUUAUAACAUUCUCUCCUGCCUAUCUAAAUGGAUGAUGAAACUUUUGGAAUUAUUUGGAUGUGCAAAUUUAAGUGAUACAGACAUCGAAACGUCAACUUCUACUGAUAUUUCGUUAGUUAAUAUAACAGAUUCAGAUAGUGUAAGUGAGGAGGAACUUGACGAAAAUAAUCAAAUGAGAUAUCUCGUGAAAUAUUCUAAGAGAGAUCAAAUAAGAAAGGAGGCCGAUAAUAUUUUCGGAAAACUAAUGCGUUUAAUGAAUCAUGUAAGUAAAGUGCGAAGUCGAAAUCACAGGAGCACUUUAGCAUGUUUGGCAAAUAACUUGCUAUUAGUCACUAUGUUCAUGGAAACAAUUAGUUUUGUUUCUACAUUAUUUUGUUUGGGAGAACAUAAAGAUGAAUCUAACCUCGAAGAAAUGACGGAAUCCACCUGGACGUAAACGCGUAGAUCAUUGUUUUUCAAAAAUUUU